GAGGGUGACAUUGAGCUGAUCAGUUGGCUGCUUUGGAGCAUCGCUGCCUUGGUUUAAUUGGAGAGGAGAGAGAUCCAAUGUUCCUAGCGGAGGGGAAAGGAACCAUCCUUGUACUUUAUAUGGAUAGAAGGUUCAUCUAUGGGCACCCAGUGGCCCCUUUAUACCCAGCUCAACCCAAACUGCCUGUCCUACAACUGGGUCAUCAGAGAACUAUGCACUAUAUACAUUACUCUCGGGGUCUCAUCCUGAGAACUGUAAGGGCUGAGUUCCUGUUUGUUCUGCAAACACAAUGCACAAACUUCACAUCUCAAUGGGCUCCCCAGCCACCCCUGCUGUGUGAUAGGGCUCUUUCACUUUUAUUUAACCCUUUGUCAGCCCUGCGCCUCAUGCAGGGAGCAGAGAGAAUGCAAAGAGGACACUGAAUGGCCCCCUACGGAGAACGCAGCAGCUGGCUACAUACUUACCUCUACUGUAAAUCAGUGCCAAGCUCAGCACUUUAGGGAAUAAUCAGCCCACAUUGUGUUUCUCAUUCUGCACUUGUGUUAUUGCCCCUGCCCACCCACUCCUGACCCAGAAGGGGAGGAAAAUACUUCUUUUGUUUUCAGCGGCAGGAAACAAACUUGUUUUAUUAUAUUCUAGCAGCUAAUAGCCAUUGUUUCCUCCAGUACAUGAAAGCUUCACAUAUCCUAAUAUAGAGAGCAAAUGGGGACUGAUACAGGACAUUGGGAAUAAUUUAGCCUCUUGCAUGUUAUAGGUUAAUCACAGUGUUACCUUUUUACUACACCUCCGGGUUCAAUGGAUCAGCACUGUGGUAAACCAGGAUUAGUGAUUACUGCAAAGAAACAAUAACACUCACGGCCUCUCAAGAAGAUGUGCCUGCCCUGCCCAGCUGCCUACAACUCCCAGCAUCUCUGAAUGACAUGGAAUUCUGGGAGUUUGUCUUUGGCCACGGCUUUCUGUUGCCGUUGUCCUCUUCAAUCAAACUGAGACCAAUGGGAAUCUCCAGAGCUGAAGGAAGAUGGUGUCUGUUUCCGAAUGGCAGAAAAUAACCGGCACUUGGAGGGUUCUACAGGCUCUUCCUGUUUAUUUUUUACAUUUCACUUUCGCCUUAAAGCCUUUGCAGGAAGAAAAGCUUGGAUUGGACUCCCGGCGUCGUUGAUGCCAGGGGCUUUCUAGCACUGCUCUUGCCAACUUCUGUGGCACGACAUCCUUCCAUUGCUCUGAGGAACAGUAAUGCUGGGAACCUACCCAACCUUUCCUGAAUUCGUACAACAUUCCUCCCCUUGGUCUCGCUGGGAAUAUCUGCCCUGUGAUACACUGUUUGUCUCAUUCUUUGUGGGAUAUGGAGGAGCUCAGGAGGAAAUUAAUGUCGCCAGCCCCAAGGUCUGUAUCCUGACAUGAUCUACACUUGUGUAGCCUGGGAACAAUGAAUUUUUUAACUUUUUCAAACGUCCACUACAAAUUGGCCGGUGCCCAAAGGAUUGUAAUUGGGAGUUGUGUGGAAUUACCCCUGUAUUGACUAUUUCUCUUGGCUCUUUCAACAUUCUAUCGAGUCAUGCCGUGGCUUGGUGAAGCUCAGUGGUUUAUAUUGGUGUCUCUUUUUGUCGCUGCCCUGGUCACGCUUGGGGUUUACCUGUUCCAGUAUGUUCUUGGCGGUAUCUGGAGACGCAGAGGAAAAUCUCUCUCUAAAACUCAAAGUGAAGCUGAUUCACUUCUUUCUUGGAUCCUGUCUUUGAACAGUUGGAGGAGCCAAUGGCUGAAUGCUUGGAUAAGUGCCCUCAACGAGGAAGCUGGAAAAAGAGGAGGGACCCUUCGGCUGUCUUUUGAGGAUGACAAUGGGCAACAUCCCUUGGAGCUGUCUGUGAAAGAAGUAAAGAGCGUUGUGAAAUCAGACAAAGAGAAGGUUGUAUCAUGCAGUGUCGUUGGAGAUUCCAUACAGUUUACAGUGCGCGUUACUCGCACCGUCCCAGCCAACUCAGGGUGCCAGGUGUACAGCGUCCGGGUCACCCCUCUCCAGCUCAAUCUGGAGCUGCAUGUGAAAGAGGAAAGCAGCGAAAACAUUCGGGUUCUCUGGACUAUGGGGAACUUUGCAAAUCUCAAUCUCCAGGUUCAGCCAAAGAGCAAAUUAGAGCAGACCCCUGGAGCAAGUGCAGUAUUGGAAGCCCUCGAAGAUAUUCUGAAGAACUUGAUGACGUUGGUCCAGCCAUCAGUAGAUCUCAGCACCAGACCUACAGGAAAUAUUCAUGGAGCCAAUUCUCAGUUAAUGUGUCCUCCCAAGCCACCGAGAGUUCAUGACUUGAAGCUUCAGCUGAAGGGGAUCAGAGCAACUCUCUCUGGAGAUGACCUAUCAGGGAUCUCGAGUGCAGCCUGCACAAUCCAGAUAAAUGACCCCGUCCAGAAUGUCACUACAGGAGCUUCCAACACUACAAGUCCAUCAUGGGAAGAAGAAUUCACCUUUGAACUUAGUGCUAAAUCCAGGGAGCUGGAGCUAGAGAUUGUGGACGCAGGGAAGUCCCCAGUGGGUGUCCCUCUGGCUUCAGCCAAUGUGCCCUUGGAUCUGUUCCAUAAGCAGCCGUCGGGGUGGCAGAGUUUCCCUCUGAGAGGUUCUUCGGGCAAGGCUGUGUGCGGAUUGGUCAGUGCUCAGUUCCUUUAUAUUGAACCGAGCGAUGGAAAAUCCUGGACGAUUCCAACACCAGUCGCUGCAAAGAAGGUAGAGAAGGAUCGGACGGUGAUGCCUUGUGGGACUGUGGUCACGACAGUGACAUCGGUGACGUCAAAGCCUCGGCUGGAUGGGAAGGGUCCAGUUCAAAGCUAUGAAUCCCCUGCAAAGACUCCUCCUAAAGUGAAGGUGAUAGAGAGGGACUUAUCUGUGCAAGUUAUGCCUUCUGAGAGCACCAUGGUCAGCAAAGCCUUGUCAUCGUCAGACACAGAGCUUUUGUUUCUGAAUGGCUCAGAUCCUGUUGCAGAGGCUGCUAUCCGCCAGCUCCGGGAAUCUUCCAAACAGUCAAUAAAGUCUCCAAGAAAGAAGAGCACAAUUAUUAUAUCAGGGAUCUCCACGACUACCGUAUCUCAGGAUGAAGAGGCGUCACUCAUGUUUAAUUACGCUGAGGCCAUGGACAACUCAGUUAUGAACUCUCCCCAUUCCAAAAAUGAAAUUGCCACCUGCACCUCAGCUGCAGAUGAAGACCACUUGGAGGUCUCUGUGCCAACUCUCCCGUCUCCGAUCUCUGAGGAUGGACUUGGUACAUGGGAGCAAAGCAGUGAACUAGAGGAGUGGAACAUCAAUGGUUUGGAGGACCAAGAUUGUGAAGGAAUAUCCAUCAGCAACCUGAGCAUCUCUGAAACAGGAAGCAUAAAGAAAUCCAAAGGGGGAUUUUUAAAGAAAGGGGCAAAGCUCUUUUUCCGAAGAAGGCACCAACAGAAAGAGCCAGGUAUGAGUCAGUCCCAAAAUGACCUUGUCUACCUGGAGACACCAAGAUCUGUAGAACACCCCAAGAAGGGAGCGACUCUCUCUCGACUCCUGCACAGGAAGCGCUCCAAGAACAAAGGCAAGAGCCCACCUCAGGCCCCCCCGACAGGGAACUAAAGACCUUUAAUUUCAAGGCUACAUAUCGGCAUUUCUAUCUGUGCAUGGAUGCCUUUUGCACUAGAUCAUGGAGUUACCCCCUUGCCCCAGGAGGAAUUUACAGAACCUGUGAACACUCCUUUUUCCUAUAGCUCAACACUGUGAGGUUUUUUUUUUUUUUGAAGCCCAGAAAAAGCCAUAAGAACUUUCUCUUCACCCUGGCGGGCAGGGAAGGAAAAUAGCAUUGCUUGCAAUAAAGCCAACGUCUUGAUGGAAGGCGGAACGGAUAAGCCUUGGGAAAGGGCUUUAGUACCUUGGUAGCAAUAUAUUUAUGCUUGUUUUGAAAUCACCGUUAGAAGUGACUGGCUUGUGCCACGAGUUUCCAGAGAGCCUUUGUCUUAUAGAGAACACAGGGCAGCUUUAUUUACUGUAGUUCCCCUAUGCAUGUAAUGAGUGCAGUCCAAAACAGCGGCUCAUCACACCUACUAAACACUUAUUGGCAGGUACAAUGGUUAUAGCAAUGCUUGCUGAUGCUGAAUUCUCAUUGAUUCAUAUCCGUGCAAGCUUUGCUGCAUUGGUGCUUUCCUAUGCACUGUGUCUGGCCCAGACUGGGAUAAUUCACAUAGGAUUUCAGGGAACCAAUUACCGGAGCUUGCUCAGGCUUAGGUACGUAGAUGACUUUAUAUAGGCAACGAGAAGCUCUAUUCUCAGGCUCCUUCACUGUAUUGUGCGUAUUAUAAUCACAUUAGGUCCUAUAAACUCAAUGUAUAUACAACUACUGUACAUAAAGAGAAGUCCUUAUUAAUAUAAUGAUAUUAUUAUAACAAACGACAAAGGAAGAUGCUGAAACAAGUUGUAGGAAUUGUGUGGGUCCCUAAUUUGCCAGAAGCUCUGUUGGCAUCUUGGCUUGACCCAUUAACAUCUUUCAAGGUGACCGCUUAUGAUGUGACCCAUUUUUAGGCUAUAUCAGGUUCCACAUACCUCCAUGCUCAUCCUAGUCAGAUGAAAGUGGGAAGAUUAGGCAUGAAUGGGAGUGUUUCUUGGGUGGGGGGCUAUAAAUAUCCUUAAAUUGGUAAAAUUGGGAGGUAUGGUACAUUUGAAAAGGGUGUAGCCAACCUUGCAUGAACAUUCAACUAAUGGCACCUUAAAAAAUAGGAACUUGUGACUCUUAUGGGUGUGUUUUGGUCUUUGUUUGUUUUUUUUUAAAUAAAUCAUGGAGUAGAAUUUUUUUUUUUAAA